GCCGGCGUCUGAGGGGGCGGCCUGGGGCGCCGCUCUGUCGGGGGUCCCUGCCCUUCUCUGGGGCCCAGCUCAGCUCCGGGGGAGUGCUCACGGACACGGUCCGGUGCUGGGGAUGAAGCGCAGACGCAGAGGCGGCGCGGCCCAGCAGCCCGAAGCGUGCGAUGUCUGGCUGGACACCGCCGCGCUGAAGCAGAGCACGGCGCAGUCUCUCGUAGCCAAGCCAAAAGUAUCUAGUCGAGUUCUGGAAAGGAAGCACGCCUCAGUCGCUUUCACACAGACAAGAGCAUCUCAGCCCUGCACCAAGCAAACCACCAUCCCCGUCUUCUUCAGCACCCAGACAGGUGAAAAAGACAAAGAAAACUCCAUGCCAUCUCCUUUUAUCCUGAAUAACGACUGUAAAGAAAAACAUAUUUCCUUGGCUGCCUCCUCUGUGAAGAUCUUGGCUUUGCCGCGGAUGGAGGAAGCGCAGAGACAAUCCUUCAGAACCGAGGUGGAGCUGGUGCAGGUGACACCCCGGCCUCGUGCACAGAAAGCGCCGGCCUCACCGACUCCUUGGCAGUUACAUAUGGAGCCCUGCGGCAAGAGCGAAGCCUCCUCUGGGGUGGGAGGGGAUUCCUGCUGCCUCAGCUUCACCCAGGAUUCAGAGGGCAACCGGAUCAUCGCUCACAGAAACGAGUCCGAUGUAGUUGCUGGAGAAACAGUUUCAGCAAGCGGCAGCUUAACUGCAGACUGCGGGAUAAAUGAGCGAGCGGGCCAGCCACUCCCCGAGGAGGUGAAAACUGGACUUGAUUUCCAACCAAGACUUGGUGCAAACUGGCAUAAGAAACCACAACAAUCGAGUAGCGUGAAUUCUUUAAUUGAUUUCAGUGAGACCGAGAAUAUAAAGCCUGCUAUAACGAGAGACAGUGCCUGGGCUGCCAGCUUUUAUCCAUCUCCGCGAAGAGCAGGUAGAGCACAACCGCUGAGAGAGCGCAGCCAGAACACCAGUGCUGGUUCUGCUGAGGAGGGAUGGGGCAGCGAGCGGGGACCGAGCAGUCCCUGCAGGCAGUUGUUCACCCAGGAUUCCCAGGGGAACAGAGUCAUCGCUCACCGCUGCCAGAACGUCCCGUCUCCUCGCAAGGACCACGGCAGCUCUCGCAGGCAGCUGCCUGACUCUGCCCGCAAGAGCUGUUCCAGCGAUGCUGCGAACAGGCGCUUGAGCAACCUGGGGGAGCAGCAGUUAGAUGUGUGCUAUGAUUUACUGUUCACGCAGGACUCUGAAGGGAACAGAGUGAUUAAACACUGAGAAGUGACCUGGAAUGGGGUCGCAUAAUGAUCUCUUGUGACGUCUCAGGAAAGCUUUUUUUUUUUUUUUUUAAGAAAGCAGUCAGAAUUAGGGAAGUGUACUCAUUUUUUAUAUAUACGUGUGUGUGUAUAUAUAUAUAUAUGGUCUCGCCAGCAUAUGCAAUAGACCCAUGCAACAGGCAGUGCCUCUUUGUUCUCUAAAAUUUUACUUUAAUGAAAAUAAAGUUUUGAAGGAGUACGUUUAUAAUAGUUUCGCUGUUUCAAUCACGAUUACAACUAGCGUCACCAAGGCUCGGCUUUCCUACACCUGGUGUGUAAGUACUGUGCUGCCAA